AUGUCAAAGGCCUCGUCAAAAAUUGUUCAACGCCUUGACACCCCAAGUGCCCCCGUGGCUCUGAACGCCUUGAUCAUGAACUCAAAGGGCUCCGUCGAAAAAUCGUUGUUCUACAUCUGUCUCCACUUGAUCAAAAGACUAGAAAAAGUCCCCGGCUUACAACAAUACCUCCGAAUCGCCUACAUCACCGCCACUACCACCAACGAAGAGCAAGCUUGUGCCCUAUCCCAAAACUCCCAAAGAAAAAUCUCCAACAUCACAAUAUCCACCGCAUCCACAUUAGUCAACGCCAAUGCCAACGCCAAUGCCAAUGCCACCGACCUUUCUUCCAAAAGAAAAUCUGACGACACUGCCUUUAGUGCAGCCCUCUACAAUUUCCACACCUUUGCCUCAGGAAUGUUACCGGCUAACGUCAGCUGCGACCCAGUAACCCAAGUAUGGAAGUUAUUCCAACAAGGCGCCCCUCUUUGUGUCAUAUACAACGCCGUCAACAACAACUCUAAUCACCAGCUACCAAUUGUCAGCGCCGACGACUUGAACAUUUGCAAGCGAAGUGUCUACGAUUUCUUUUCCCGUUGCAAAGAGGAUUUAAAUUUCAGAGACGAUGAACUCGUCCCGAUAUCGUAUGUGUUUAGCUCAAACACCAACGAUUUGAUCAGGGUCAUCCAAGUGGUCAACACCGUGCUAGAUAUGAUGAACCCAACUUUCUCGUUAUCCGAUACAGAAAAACAAGAAUUAUUCCAACAACAAGCAAACAUCGCCACCCCAAAGGACCCAAGGUAUAACGUUCUUAGGGAAAUGGUCGAGACCGAAAGAAAAUACGUCCAAGAUUUGGAAAUCAUGUUGGCGUACAAGAACGAGUUACGGCAAGCAGAAUUGAUCCCCGCAGAGUCUUUGCAUGUGUUGUUCCCAAACUUGAACCAGAUUGUCGAUAUGCAACGAAGAUUAUUAGUGGGGUUGGAAGCUAAUGCCUUGGCCCCUCCAAAACUACAGAGAAUCGGCUCCAUCUUCUUACACUCAUUCGAACCUUUCAAGGCUUAUGAGCCAUGGUCGCUUGGCCAUAAAGCUGCCGCGGAAAUACUACACCAAGAAAUGUUGAAUAUGGAAAGGUCUUCGACGAUCAUCAGAGGCGAAUUGGAACUCAAUAGUUUCUUGUUGAAACCGGUACAAAGAUUAUGUAAAUACCCGUUGUUAUUGAAAGAAUUGGUGAAAUACACCGACAAAACCUGGCCUCACUACAGCGAGUUGGUGAGUGCGUUGCAAGCGUCAAAAGAAACCGCGGCUCACGUCAACGAAGCCCAAAGAAAAGUCGAAAACUUGGUACAGUUGAGAGAAUUACAAGAAAGAGUCCAUGAUUGGAAAGGUUAUGACAUCAAUUCUUUUGGGAAUUUAUUAUAUUACUCGACUUUGGGGGUCCGUGAUUCCGACGCCGAACGAGAAUUUCACGUGUAUUUAUUCGAACAAAUCAUUUUGUUUUUCAAAGAAUCACUGCCAAAGGAUAAAGAAAAAAAAUCAAAGAAGAAAAACUCGUUGAACGAUUCAUUUUUGAAUAAUAGAAACAAGUUGGAGUUGAAAGGAAGAAUUUACAUUCCAAAUAUUUAUAAUAUCUCCUCUAAUGCCUCGAGCAAUGCUGCCGGGGCCGCGGCCCCCGCUGUCUCCGCCCCCAGCGGUCAUUUAUUGACGGUCUCCUGGUCUGGAUCAAGGGAUUCCGGAUCAUUUGUCAUGAGGUUUAGAAAUGAAGAGGCGAGAACUCAGUGGGAAUCCUGUCUUAGAGAAUUGGUUAGUCGAUUGCGAGUUGAAAUCCAAGAGUAUAAGACUUCGUUAAAUAACGGCUACCAAAGCGGCGACCAUCCAACCAUGAGGUCCAGUAUGGAAGGAAGAUACAGCCAAAACCAGUAUGCUGCGCAACAUAAAUUGCGGGCCAACAGUUCGUCGUACAUUGGUAAUUAUGGUGGCGGGGCUGCCGGGGUCAAUAAUGGUUCUGCAACAACAAUAAAUGGCGAAAUGGAUUUACGGAGUAGAUCGGUUUCUUCUCCGUCAUUAUUGAACAAUUACUCCAAGGUCAAUAAUUCCAGCUCGUUGAUUUCUCCAAUGAGCAACUUGUCAAUCUCUUCAUCGAUCGCUAAUGCAGAAAGUGCGGCGAUGAAUAUGUCACCUAACGAGUGCAUCAAAAUCAAAUUGUCUUUUAAGCAAGAUAUCUUUACAUUGCUCAUUCCACGAGAUUCUGACUUGACUGAAUUGAAGAAACGGAUCGAAAAAAAAUUGAAACAGUGCGGUGCAAUGAUCACAAUGGAUACUAUGAAAAUUAGAUAUCAAGAUGAGGAAGGUGAUUACAUUGCUAUUGAUUCCAAUGAAGAUUGGUCGUUGGCCCAAGAAGUUGUCGAUGAUAUUAUCGAGAGUAGUGGUGAUAGCAUAUUGUCCAUUUGGGUUAUUCAAACAUAG